AAUUAUUGAAGCACAAUGCCUUGGAUUCGUUCCUGUUUGUGUCACCAAGAGAAAAAGAAGCCUACUAUUAGUCCUCCAAUACAUCUGCUUUUAAAGCCUGAAGGGCCAGCAAAUCAAAAUCAUGCAUUUCGAUGUAAAAUUUUCAAAAAACCUCGACCAUGUCAUCUAUGCCAUCAACCAAUUCUACACCAAGGAUCAUGCUGCCGAGUGUGCAAAUAUGUUUGCCAUAAAGUAUGCGAGAGCAAGGAUUCCGCACGCUAUACGGAUACAAGUUGGCAAAUACAUCGUCAUUGGUGGACUGGUAAAAAAGAACGUUUUGUACCACCUCCAUCAUCGACAUCGAAGCAUCAACAACAGCGACCUCCUGAAUCCGAAUUAUCCGCUGUAGAGAAUGAUACUGAAACAGAUGACACACUUAAACCUAGCGAUACCAGUAAACAAGGUCAUAAAUCCACAAAUAAAGAUCAAGAUCAACAAACAGAGAAAUUAAUAAAAAAAGAUAAACGUAAACAAAAAGUUCGGAUACAAACACAAGCAAUUGUACAUUCAAAUGAUUCAACGGCAAUAAUUAAUCAGAAUCAUAAAACAAAAGAACAUAAUAAUAAUGACGGCGAAUCAACAUCUUCAUCUGAAUCAGAAACAUCUGUGGCUACAUCUUCAACAAUUUCAAUUCAUAACCAGGGCAAUGAUGAAGAAAAUUCACAUAUAUUUUUGCACAUUCAUGAAACAUCAUCUCAAGCCGCCAGUGCCAAAAAUGGAGCGAAAAUAAAACAGACAACGGCCGUGAUGACAUCACAGCCACGCUUAUCAUAUCGAAUGAAUCGAAACGAAGGAAUGGAUUUAAGUUAUGUAACAGAACGUAUAAUUGCAUUAUGGUUUCCAAGCGAUAUUGCUCAAUCCACAUACCGACAAGGACAACGACAAGCAGCUCAUAUGUUACAUAAUAAACAUGGCAAUAAUUAUAUGGUUUUCAAUUUAUCAGAGCCAAGACGUGCAGCACGUAGUGAACAUGAACGUGUCCGUGAAGUUGGUUGGCCAUCAGAUUUAGCACCACCGUUAGAAGGAUUAUGUACAAUUUGUAAAGAUAUUGAUUCAUGGCUCUCAGCUGAUAAACAACGAAUAGCGGUUUUACAUGCAAGAGGAAGUCGUGAACGAUUGGGUGUCGUUGUCGCCGCAUAUAUGCAUUAUUCAAGUAUAUGUGGAACGGCUGAUCAGGCCUUGGAUCGUUUCGCUAUGAGACGAUUCUUGGAUGAUACAGUUAGUCCAAACGAGUUGCCUUCAAAUAAACGUUAUGUGGAGUAUUUCUCGGGUCUAUUGUCCGGUCAUAUUCGUAUCAAUCUAGCACCAUUAUACCUAACACAUGUGACAGUACUUGGGGCGCCUGCAUUUGACUCCCCUGGCGGUUGUCGUGCCUUCCUCAAGAUAUACGAAGGUCUGAUUCCUGUUUACACUUCAGGAAUCUACUGUGUUAGUGGUAAUGUCCGGCAGUUUACAGUCAAUAUUGCUAGCGAACGCCAAAGACGUGGUUUGCAAUUACGUGGUGAUAUUUUAGUCAAAUGUUAUCAUCGCCGAUCAAAUAGUCGCGAAACAAUAUUUUCAUGUCAAUUUCAUACAUGUGCUGUAUCUGAUUAUACACUUAGUUUUACACGUCAAGAAUUAGAUGUUGCAAGUAAUGAUUUAAGAUUUCCACUUGAUGGUGCUGUUGAAUUACAUUUUUCACCAACACCUGAUAUACGUUUACCAUCACCAGCUCCAACACCUGCUAUACCAGUUGAUUUUAGUGAUGAUAGAAUUGUACGAUAUAAUAGCUAUGAAAAUUUAGGUGCUGAAACAACUGAAGAAGAAUCAGACCCAGAUGCUACCGAUGCUGAUGUAAAUCACACAUAUGGACCAUUAGAUGGCUCAAUUUACGCAACAAUAGCAAAAAAACCUGAUCUAUCACCAGGUAGUGCUGGUGGUGUUAUAUCAAGUCCAUUAACUGUGUCUAUGGAUUCGGGUAUUUCAUCUGCUGGACAUCAACAAGCAUCAUCGCAUGGCGCACCGCUAAGUAAUAAUACAUCAAACGAAUCAUCGUCAAGUCCUCCACCUCACCAUCAUCAUCAUCAAAGUGGUCAAUUAUUAACACCUGAAGAUCGGCAUCGUGAAUUAGAUGAAUUAUUAAGUGAUAUGUUAUUAACUGUUGAAAGUAUUCCCGAUUUAAAACCAGGAUUACGUGGUAAUACUCCACCUCAACCUCCACUUCAAUAUCGUAAUGACAUCAUCACCUGUGUUAAUAGCAGCAGUAGUAGUGGUAGUAUGACAUCUCAACAGCAUCAACAGCGCAGCACUACACCAAGUAGAUCGCGUAAUCAGUCUGCCAACGGUCUCUCAUGUGAAGAGACAUUAAAGUCAGUGAUACAUACAUUGGAUAGUGUUAGUUAUAUUGAUGACGAUUGUGGUGUCCAAACAAAUAGUGCUACACUCACACUGGACGACAUACCGUACCAUGCACGGCAAGAUAGCCGACCCUUCACUUAUGGUACCUUACCAGCAGAAGGGAGUAUGAUUGGUGCCCAAACGGGACUCGCAAGUCCCAGCUUAGUUCGUAAAGCAAGUAUUGGAAAAUCAUCCACGUACAAUCGUAACGGUACCACGUUGGAUUAUGAUCGAAAAAUUAGUCGAAAUCAUCAUGAUCCAAUUGAUGAUAUAUUUACAUCACGUGCGAAUGAAAGUUUUCGUCGCGAAGAAUAUGGAGGUAGUGUACAUAGAGGGCAUGAAACUUUAAGGCGGAGUAACACAGAAGGCACAUUACGUCGACCCGUUGCGAAUGGAACAUCAACGUAUAGUAAAACUACUGUUACAUCACCAUACUCAGAUUCGGAAAGUUUAUCACCACCAAGUGGAUUUGGGCGUAGUUUUCGAAAUAGCCAUCAAACAGUGACGACGCCUCGAUCACCAGAAUUUCAUGAAAGUUCGUUUACAUCAACGACUACAGCAUCAACAAAUAGCAAUAAUAAUAGUAAUUUAACAUGGCUACAACGUCAACAACAGAAAUUAAAAGAACGUCGUGAAAUACAAUUACGCGAAGAACGUCAACCGCAUGAAACACGCUUAAUAUCGGAGCUACGUUCAUCCAUACAACAUACAUCGACACAUCGACAUAUGCGUCCAACUGCAAGCCAUCGUUUGGAUGGUUAUACAAGUGAUACAACAGCAUUCGCCGAUGAUGACGAUGACUUUACAAUACCAUUACAUAUAAAUACACAAACAAUUACAUCAUCCACAACCAAAACACCACAACCAUCGGGCGUGAGCCACAAUCAAUCAAAUAAUAAUACCUCAUCGAAUAAUCCCAUAUCACCAAUGUUACCAAAUAGAACAUCAUCCAGAAAAUAUAAUACCACAAAUUCUAACGUCACACAAUCACAAAAUACUAGUAUCAAUCAAUCAUCAACAUUAGGUCGUCAAGAACGACCUUUUGUUGCAGUAAAACGUGCACACGAGCAAAAACAGAAUUCAGAUAUAUCACCAUCUUCCAGUUUAGCAUCAAAUCCUAUGGGGCAUAUAAUUCAACAACAGCAGCGUACAGAAUCACGUAGUGUUGAUUCCAUUGAUUCCGGAUUAUUAUCAGUUGUUGAACAACAGCAACAAAAACAAGAACAUCAACGCCAACAUCAAAAUUACAACGGAAAUAAUAAUGGAAAUCAAAACAACGAUCGUAGGGUGUACCGUGAAGAAUCAUUUUCAUCAUCAUGGCGAACAACAUCAGCCAGUGAAGCUGAAGGAAGUCCCCCACCAACAAGUACAUCCCCAAGACCACAAACACCAGCAUUUCCAGUACAUCCACGAACACCAUACUCAAAUAAUUCUGUACAUUUUGAUUUAUCCCAAGGAGGUCUACCACCUAAAAGUCCUACAACCCAGCGACGAAUGAGUUAUCCAUCUUCAACAAGUCAUAGACAAUCUAAAAAAUGGAUUUCAGAAUCACCUAGCAAGGACAUUUCACCAUUAACAAAUGGUAACACGACCGAAUAUUCUACGACAACGCAUCAUACAAUUGCACAUUCGAAUACUCCACAAUCGACGAACUCCAACGCUUACCAAGAAAAUAUUUAUCAACAACAUAGCCCCAAAAGUCCGACAUAUAAUGGAUCUUCAUCACCAACUGUAUAUUAUGGUCACUCAAGGCGUUCAUCUAUUCAUUCAAAUAGUGAACCACCACAAGAGGUAUCCGCAGCUCACGUCAAAUUUGUACGGGAUACAUCAAAAUUAUGGUAUAAACCUACAAUUAGUCGUGAAGAAGCAAUAAAUUUAUUACGUGAUGCACCGCCGGGUACAUUUGUUGUACGGGACUCGAAUUCUUUUCCUGGUGCUUUUGGUAUGGCAUUAAAGGUUGCUACACCACCACCUAAUGUACAAACUAAAUCGAAUAAUGGUGAUGAAUUAGUACGACAUUUCUUAAUUGAACCAACAUCACGUGGUGUGCGCCUAAAAGGAUGUAGUAAUGAACCCGUUUUUAGUUCAUUAUCUGCGUUAGUAUAUCAACAUUCAGUAAUGCCAUUAGCGUUGCCAUGUCGAUUAGCAUUACCUGAAGGUGAUCCAUCAAAGAGUUCAGAUGCCUCGAAUACGUUAACGACGACACAACAAUUAUUACAACAAGGUGCUGCAUGUAAUGUUUUAUAUUUGUAUACAGUUGAUAUGGAAUCAUUAACAGGUCCACAAGCUAUUCGUAAAGCCGUGCAACAAUUAUUUAUGCAACGGCCAUUGCCAAAAGCAACGGUUGUACAUUUCAAAGUGUCGGGACAAGGGAUUACAUUAACCGAUAAUAAACGAAAAUUAUUCUUUAGGCGACAUUAUCCAUAUAAUACAAUUUCACACUGUGGUUUGGAUCCAGACGAUCAUCGAUGGAGUCAUUCAAGUGACGAAACUGGAAUGCCAAUUAGUUCGAAUCGAUGUUUCGGAUUUGUUGCACGAAAACCAGCGAGCAGUAGUGUGGAUAAUCAAUGUCACAUAUUUGCUGAGUUAGAACCGGAACAACCAGCCACAGCAAUUGUAAAUUUUGUCUCAAAAGUAAUGACACAUUGUCAGGGUAAAGCAAAUAUUGUAUAAUAAAUUUUUCAAUAUGUUUAAAAUUCACAAAAAUUUAGUAAUUAUUUAAACAAAACAAAAAUAAUAUUCUCAAUUUAAUGAAAUAAAGGCAAAUGGACAAACACAAUCCCAGUGAAUAUUUGUAUUAAUAUUAGAUUGGAGCUAUUUAAGCCAGAUCCUUUUUAUUCCGGCUUUGAUUAUUUUGUUUUUUAUUUUCAAUUGUG